ACACACACAAUCUCACUCCCACUAAUAUGACCGUAGAUGUUUACACAUGGUACACUUUGUAACCAGAGAGCUUUGCUGCUGUGCUUCGACCGGGACGAACAGAAAAUGGGAUGAUGAAACAGAACGAAGAUUAAACAGAGAAAAACAACAAUUGAAACGCAAUGCUCUAAGGAAGUGGAGAGAUAUGGAGAAGAUAAAACGUGGCAUGAGAAGAACCGAGGAAUACUGAAGGGAUGAACAGGUGUGUGCUCGCUCGUGUGUGUGUCCUCCUCUCCAUCCUGUGCCUUGUUGCUCAUUUGUAUUUGGAGCUUCAGGGAUUUCAUGUGAAGAGCUGGAGAACACUUAUCUCUACUAAAGAACCUCAAAUGCACACCAGGACACAGGCAGUUUCUGAGGAAAGGAAAAGAUUGAGCGACUCGAUGUCUACGUGCUACCCGACUGCCAGACAUUACAGAAAGUCUCUCAGGUGGAAGAUAAAGCUGCAGCCAUGGGCAAGUGAGAGUCACAGCCUGGAAGAUGAGGCAUUCAGGUUUCUCAAGUACAUUACGACACCACAGGUGUCCUGUAGAAAUCCUGCAAACAGUCUGCCAGCUCAGGGAUCAUGGACGUUAUGUUUGGAUAACAGAUUCAACUUGGCCCGAAGCAUCAACACCAAACACUGCCGAGUCUACUCACUCGGGGUGGGAGGAGAGGAUAAACAAUUGGAGAAAAUCUUGGCUAAGGCAGGCUGUGAGGUUCACUGUUUUGACCCCAGUAUCAGAGAGGCUCACCUGCAGGACUCACGCAUGUGGCUUCAUCGGCUCUCCAUCGAUUGGAGGGACCCGAACCCUGCUGUCAUGACACAGAGACAGCACAGCAGCACCAAGAAGCUUUCCGCUGUCCUCAACCACUACGGACAUAGACAGGUAGACGUGUUGAAAAUGGACAUGGAGAGUGCCGAAUGGAAAAUCUUAGAGAAUCUGAUCCUGGAAAAUGUUUUACCCUCAGUAGGUCUCUUGCUCCUCGAGGUUCACCUGCACUGGGCCGGGUUCGAAGUGAGCGGCAACGAGCCAUCCGUAGUGCGCUACUGGUUCAGUCUGCUAAAGGAGCUGGAAAAUACACACUUUCACCUGUACCACAGUUACAGAGACGCAGCAAAACCACAUCUCUUCCUUCAGAAGAACCUACACAAUGCAAGCAGCGCUUACAUACUGGGGUGGGUCAACAGGUGCUACUCAGCACGGUGAGAUUGUUUGGGAUAAAUUGAUUAAAUAUAUAGAGAAAUCAAAGCAAUAUAUUAUUUAAAAAAAUAUUACUUUAAUUGCAAGCAGUGUAUUUGAAUUCUGCAUAUAUCUCAACUGCAAGCUUGUGUACCGUCAGAAGAACAUACACAUACAGCAAGAAGGAAAUAAAUUGCAGUGGAGUGGAUCAACACAAAGUACUUGAUAUGAUAAUUAAAAAGAAAUUUUAAAAAAAUGACAGCAAGCUCUUCGACCAGAAAAAUUACAUUUAGCUGACAUUUGAUUUGAAAUACUGCUACAGUCAAAUGAAGGCAUGUUCACUAUUUUCCAGAGAAAAUUCCCACUCGAGUGUUUUCUAACAGAGUCUCUGUAAUUGAUCAUCACAUAUAAAGGAAUUUAAUACUCCUCAUGGUUUUGACUCACUGCCACCGCCAACAUUUAGUUUUACAAGCAAAAUCUUUAUCCACAAACAUUAAGCAGAUGCUCAGAACGCUCAGGUCUAUUACAACUUUUCCACAGUUUGUUGAACUUUUCCACAUUUUGUAGGAUUACAACCUGGAAAUGAAACAGACUUCAUGAAAUUUUUACCAUUUGAUUUAAAUAACAUGUCUAACAUUAUUUUUUUAUUUUAACAUGGCCAUUUUGCCAGUGUAUUUUUACCAAUAUUUUAUUACAUAUAACGUUUUUACCACACAAAAGGUAUAUGUACUGUAGUACAUAUUUUCCCAUGAGUUAAAACACUAAUACACAUUUAUAAUUAAGACCUUUAAUCUUAAAUUGGUAUUAGCUUUUUAGAAUUCAAUUAAUGCUCACAGGGGGGCACGGUGGCUUAGUGGUUAGCACGUUCGCCUCACACCUCCAGGGUUGGGGGUUCGAUUCCCGCCUCCCCCUUGUGUGUGUGGAGUUUGCAUUUUCUCCCCGUGCCUUGGGGGUUUCCUCUGGGUACUCCGGUUUCCUCCCCCGGUCCAAAGACAUGCAUGGUAGGUUGAUUGGGAUCUCUGGAGCAUUGCCCAUAGUGUCUGAUUGCGUGAGUGAAUGAGAGUGUGUGUGUGUGCCCUGCGAUGGGUUGGCACUUCAUCCAGGGUGUAUCCUGCCUUGAUGCCCUAUGACGCCUGAGAUAGGCACAGGCUCCCCGUGACCCGAGGUAGUUCGGAUAAGCGGUAGAAAAUGAAUGAACGAAUGAAUUAAUGCUCACAAGAUACAGAGAGGGCUAGGAAAUUAAUUCAGCUAAAAAUGCUCAGAACUGAGGAAAAGAGUAUAAACUAGUGACUUAGUCUUAAGGGACAAAACUUUAAAUAAAUGGACACGUUGGCCCUCUGGUUGUGGCAAAAUGUGGAACAACAGCACAGAAGCAACCACAAAACUAAGAACUGUUCAGCCACACUUUAAGGAUGAUAACAUCUAGGGAUAAAAUUAAUGUUAAUGUGAAGUUAACUAAUACAAAUUAAUGUGAAUUUAA